AUGUCCAAAAAUUUCAUAAAAGACUCAGCAGUCAGUGUCACCCGUGAAUCACGUCUUGAAGAUGUGGGUAGUUUUUCAAAAGAAGAUGUCGAAGAAGCGGAAAAGAUUUUUUUCCACGAGAAUAGAUUAAGUUCUAGUCUUAAUGCUCGGUUAAUUGCCAUGAUCUCUUUAGUGGGGGUAUUUGGUACCGGAAUUGGAGGUACUUUGGCCACUACUGGUCCCGUGGGUAUGAUCCUUGCAUAUUUAUUAGUUGGAAGUGUUGUUGCUGCCAAUCAAGUUUGUAUGAUAGAGACUGCGUGUUUAUACCCAGCAACCAGUUCAUACAUUGCUCAUUCUGAAUUAUUCAUUGACAAAGCACUUGGCUUUGCUUGGGGAAUCGCUAGCACCUACAACUCGUUAAUUCCAGGUGAAUUAACUGCGGCUAGUGUUGUUGUUACUUAUUGGACUGAUCUUAGUCCAGCUAUUUUCAUAACAAUCUUUGGCGUCUUUAUGGUUGCAACAAACAUAUACAAAGUGAAAUGGUAUGGUGAGAUUGAGUUUUUCUUUGGAAUAUUGAAAGUACUAUUGUGUGUUGGGUUGAUUUUGGUAGGAUUGAUUAUCGACCUAGGCGGAGUCAAGGGCCAACAUAGGCUUGGUUUCCAGUACUGGAGAAAUCCAGGACCCUUUGCUGAAAAAUUCACUACUGGAUCUUUGGGUCGGUUUUUGGGCUUCUGGAAAGCAGUCAGUUCUGUUGUAUAUGCAUUUGGCGGUGUGCAAGGUAUCACGAUGCUUGCAGGAGAGACCGAAUACCCUAGAAGAGCUAUCUAUCGUGCUGGUAAAAGACUUUUAAGUAGGGUGUUGAUACUAUACUAUCUAAUGGUGUUUAUCCUUUCCUUGAUUGUUCCAUAUAAUGACCCAGUUAUUGCGCAUCCCAAUGGCACUGCCUCCGGCUCUCCGUGGGUGAGAGCAGCAACUUUAGCUGGUAUCAAAGUGUUGCCGCAUAUCAUCAAUGCUGUUGUGCUCACCUCGGCGUUGAGUGCAGCCAAUUUGGGUAUCGUAAAAGGCAGUAGGAACUUGUUUGCAUUGGCGUCCAAGGGGCAGCUUCCUAAAAUAUUUCUUAAAGUCAAUAGACAUAAACUUCCGUGGGUAGGUGUUGCAUUCUCAAGUGCAUUUCUACCAUUAGCAUACAUGACUGUUGAUAAGUCAGCAGCAACAGUGUUCUCCUGGUUCCAGAACAUCACAUCGUCCGAGUUAUUGAUUAGCUGGAUAGCAAUUGCAUUGAACCAUAUUGCUUUGCAUAGAGCGCUCCGGAAGCAAGGAUUUACAAGAAAUGAUUUGCCAUACAAAUUUUGGAUUGGAAAAUGGACAGGUCCAUAUUCACUAUUCUUCUCAAUCAUCUUUUUGUUGACUGGAGGAUUCUCGACAUUCAUCCAUGGAUAUUGGGCAUUUUCUACAUUAUUUAGUGCUUAUUUUAUUAUUCCUCUCACUAUAGUGUUUUACUUUUUUGCCAAGUUGGUCUACAAAACCAAAUAUAUCAAGCCUAGUGAGGUCAAAUUAAGAGCAUUGUUUUAUGAUGUGCAAAAUAGACCAGAGCCACCGUACAAGACAUUGAAACGUUGGGAAUGGCUUACUGUGUUAUGGGGGUGA